UCUGAUCCGUCAAUCAAACAUUCCAUUCCAUAUACAAAAUUUACUUGAUCGUUUUCUAGAAAGAAAGUACGAAAUUCCCAAUUAUUAUAUUUACAACUAAAAGUGCCCGUCAGAAGUAUUGCAAUAAAAUGAAAACUGGAUUACAGACGGGGAUCGUCGUUGGCUCCAAGACGCGGGUCCGUUGCAUCUACUGCGAUGUGUUUAUACCAAAGGCAAACAAAUGUAUCGAGCAGCAUACUAACGGCGUAAAACAUAAAGAGAAUAUCGAACUUAUGUCCGAGAACGGUAUAAGCCUAACAAACGAAGUGUUGCACUGUAAACCUUGCCAGGUGAAUCUUACUGAGGGGGAAUCGGUGUCAAAACAUAUAGAUGGAGAUUCGCACGCGAAUUGGAUGGCCGCUAUAAAAGACCUCGUGGACGGUGAGUUUAUCAAUAUAGACGACUAUUUAUCCUGCGAGAGAGAUGAUGUAACAUGCGAAGUUUGCGAGAUAACGUUCAGCUGUACUCUGGAGUGUAUACAGGAGCAUGUGAACUCCUUUAACCACAGAGCCAAAACUGUGGAUAGGCUUAAACCGCUCAAUGGUAUAUUUCGAGUCGAUAAUGACGCCGAAGUGUGGUGCAAAAUAUGUGAUGCAUACAUUGAUAACACAGUGCAAGGCAUCCUGGAUCACAUUGAUGAUAACGAGAGCCACAUGCAGUGGUUCACAGAUAUUGAAGACUUGAUAGAAGACCAAGACAUUUCUAUAGAGAACUAUCUUGCAAAUGAACAUGAAUUGAAUGCAUUUUGCAAUAAAUGCAAUGUCCAUAUUCCAUGCACAGUGAAUAAGAUUGAAGAACAUGUGUACAGUGAAUCUCAUCUUAAUCAAUUCAGUUAAUUUAAAGUGUGUUUUGCAGUUAUAUUUCAAAACUAAGCUGAAUAGCCUUUUUCAACUCUGCUUUUCUAAACUCUCAGGUGUAAUGCCAAUUUGCUCUAUCAAGUCAGCAUCACACUUUGCCAUAACCAUUUUUUCCUCAGCAAACAGAUAUCAUGUAACCAUAUUUGCGCAAAUACAACAGCAGUGUGCUGCAAGCAUUAUCCUCUGGCCACCCAGACGCCUAUAGAAAGGUUUCCUAUUUCAUUAUAAUUAAAAUAUUUAUUUAGACAAAUCAAAAUUGCAUUUGUCUUGACAAGUUUUGAUGUCUGGGCGGCUAGACCUAGACGUAACUUAAGCUAGACUAACUUAAAAUAUCUAGACAAGGUAACUUUCCCGGGUGUACAUACAUAUCCUCCUAAGGCCCAGCCAUACAAAUGAAAAAUCUAAAAUAUGCCACUGAAAUUUGAACCUAUAGUGUAGGAAAUAGAGUUGAUUUUGCGUUGUUGGAAAAUUGAAUGAAACAUAGCAAAAGCGACUGUUCUAAUUGAGUAGGAUUUAAAUUUCAUCUAACUGAAGAGGUACUAUAGGUAAGACAUUGGGCCUUAAAAGGAUAUAUACAUAUACUACAGUGGCUAUUAUAAAUCAGUAUAGCUCAAUUGACACAAAGGCCUCCUCCUCCUCCAUUGUGGAGGAGGCCUUUGUGUCAAAAGGACAUGUCGAGCCGACGGUUGUUGCAAGCACAUAAAUAAAUAAAUAAAUAUUGUAUUAGAUAUAACUGUAUGUUCGAUAAUAAAAGGCUUUGAAAUUGAAAUUAAAUAGCUCAAUUGAAUAUAUAUGUUAACUGCCUACAAAAAGUAAACAUACUGUGUUGAUACUAAUUAAAGCACGGGUCUUUUUUGUGUCAAGCCCUUGGUCCAAAAAUGGUAUUUAACCACUUUUGUAUAUUGAACAGGCCUUUGCCAUUUUGCUAUACCACCCAAAGAGGGCCCAACUGGUUGGGAACUCUCAUUUAUCUAGAGAGCCUUCAUUAAUACAGUAGGCCUAGCAUAGCAGAGGUGCGACCGUAUCUCGCUAUAUUUAUCUAACCACGAAAAUUCAAUUAACUAUAUAUUGGUCUCCUCUCCUAAGCAUAAUUAGGUAUUAAGAAUAUCCAGCUUUCAUUUUAUUGAUCCUCAGUGAGUUAGUAAAAAAAUAAUUUUCUUAUCUAAACAUUAUUGUUAAUAUUAACAGAUUACCUAUAUACGACAAUUUCAUAUAUUAAAGCUUUAACUGGGUACUGUCACAACCAAGAAUGUGCCUCAAAAGUCUAUUCCGUGCCGAAUUUGGGGUAUUUAAGAACAAUGAAAGUGUAUAAUGUAACUAAUAUAACAUUCCCUAUCAAUAUUCUCAAAAUGGACACUGGACCAAGCCAUGCAAGAAUCCAAGAAUAUAAAAGUAUGCAACUACACAUAAAAUAGACUUAUAUUGACCAGGAUAUGGACCGGGAUUACCUUUUGUAUUGUUUUCAAGCUCCAAAUAUUUCGACGCAGUUACAUGCAUCUUGUUCACGGGUAACUGAAGAUGGGUGGGUGUCAAAGUUGUGUAGACCGCGCUCGGUAAUAUAAGUCUAGUGAAACUAUCCGUGAAUCAUUCAAGACUGUCACAUGAAAUAUCAAAAUGGACUUGGUUAUGUUACAUUGUAGGGAAUGUUACCUAUGGGUUUCAUACGCAUAGGGUGGGGUUGUGCCAAAACAUUACUGUGAAUACUACUUUUAUAAUAUUACUGCCUUACCUGGUAAAACUUGUAUACUAUCUCAAAAUAAAUCUCAAAUAAAUAUCCCAUAUUUAACCAACAAUUUUUCAUGUGUGUACCUACCUAUAAUGUUAUUUAAGAAUUUCUCUCUUACUAAUAAGAGAUCAAUACCUAAGCAUUAAAAUAAUAUUAUUGAAACUGGUGUGUUUUGAAACUAAAAUAUAUUUGUUAAUUCUUUACAAUUUGACAGGUAAUUAACCUGUAAAUACUCUUAUUAUUAAGGGGGGAAGUAUUGAAAAGAUGGACUGAAUGUAAAAUUAAUAUAAUUGUAUAAAUAUGUAAUAAUAAUAAAUGUAAUAAUCUAAUAAUGCAUGCAUAUAUGUAUUUUGUAAUAGAAUGUAGGUUGCUAGGUUCACUGUUGCAACACUUGCAAAAUUCCUUUGCUAUCAUUUUGCCGUUUUGUGUUCAAAAAUAAAUUAAUUUAAUCACAAUUCUAUUAGACUAUUACAUUCACUUUGCAUAUGCCAAUUCUGUUUCGAAGCAUGUAUUUAAAAAGUUAAAUAAAAUAUUUUGUGU